AUGUCUGAAGCUGAACAGGUUGAUCAGCUUAAGGAUACUGAAGUUGUUGUUGUUGCUGAUGAUGGUAGCGUUGGUGCUGGUGCAGGUGCUGGUGUUGGUGUUGGAGAAACUCCGAACUUGCAUGUUACCGAGUCUCCUCCAAUUGCCGAAUCGACUCCCGUCAAAGCUAACAGCAAGUCCAAACCUAAAAAAUCUGUUGGAUUUGCACCUCCGCCAGAGGAAGAUUUAAGAGAACAUCAUAGGUACUUAAAGGAGAAAGAAGAAGAUGAGUUGAAAUCAUCAUCUUUCCAUAAAAUACCCCCUGAGUUGGCUUAUUUAAAUCAAAAGACAAGGAAUGCGCCAGCUGCCCCAAAACCACUAGACUCUCCCUUGAAACACCAGGUGCCCAAUAGCAGAUUGAGAUUAUCUGACUUGCCAGAUUUGAGCAAGUUGAAGUUUUUCGAUGUAAAGGAUAUUUCGGUGCAGAAUAAAGAGACAGAGUUGCAAUUUCAUUAUACAACAAUCAAUUUGCCGCCUAGAUCCGAUAGUGUUAUCGUUGACAUAAAGUAUUCCUCGCUUAAUUCGUUUGAUUUGAGUAAGAUUAAUCAGUAUUUGUUGAAUUUGAGUAAUGUUAAAGUCGGACUAGGAUAUGAGUUUGCAGGAGUUAUUACUCAGGUAGGAUCGUCGAUGAGUAAGAAGUACUCAGUCGAGGAUUAUGUAUUUGGAAUGAUUGAUCCAGACAGUAAAAGAGGUGCCUUAUCUACUAGUCAGAUUAUCUAUCCUGGACGGGACGUUUUGAUAAAAGUAGAUAAGGAAACUUUACAAAAGCUUGAUGAGAUAGAUAUCAAUUUGGAUGGGAAUAUGGAGAGUAAAGACUUCCAAGUGGGAGAGGGAGAAGUAGAUGGAGAGGAGGAGGAGCAGGAGGAGCAGGAGGAGGAGCCUGAUAAGGAUGUUCCUGCUGUUACUGAAGAUAUUUCACAAACAAACAAAUUAUCGUUGAACAACAGCAACAAAAACAUACCGUCCUUGGCCAAAUUAUCAGCAAUUUCCUUACUUUAUUGCCGCUCAAAACAAAUGCUUCAGCAUUUCGAAUCAGAGUCCAAGAAAGUCAAUGUAUUGAUAAAUGGAGCAGAUACGGAUAUAGGAUUGACACUAACACAAAUCCUCUUGUCCGAGACACGAUAUGAUUUCAUCAGUUUGAUUUUAAUUAUCCGUGAGAAAUCACAAACUUAUAUGGAAAGAUUGAUUGAAUAUUUUCAAAAAAAAUAUUAUGACCCAUCACAAACAAAGCGGAUCAAAUGUAUUUCCUUUGACAUGUUAAAUGACGGAUUAUACUUUCCUGGCGAACGGAUCCCUACUAACUACAAAAAACCCGAUUUCUUUGCCGUUGAAGUUAUAAAUGCCCUCUUGACGCCUCAUACUGAUCUACAAGAAUCUAUUAAUGAAUCAAACAUAAACAACUAUAAACUAGACUUAUUCAUUGAUUUGAUAGGUUGUAAGAAAUACUUUCAGUCCACAACAACCAAGCUCCAUGAAAUUGAAACUUUGAACUUUCCAUAUAAACAACAUAUUGGCAACACCACAUCAGUUGAGAAAUUGUUUCAAGCUACUAGUAAGAUUCCUUUUCUUGCCCGGAUUUUGAAGCCUAAAAAAUUAAAAUCUGUGGUUAUCAGUGGAUGCAAAUUCACCUUACGUGAACCCAGUUAUAACAUCGACAAGUUGAUUGAUUUCAAUGAACAGGGAAUCAUGAAUCCAUGGAACAAAGGUUGGACAAGCAAUUUGUUUAAUAACUGGACAUCGUAUAACUAUUAUGAGGAGAUUUACUUAAAGAUCAAACAGAGCUGGUGUGAGGAGGCGUUGAGUUUAGUUGUUAACGAUAGGUUGAAGUUUAAGAUCGACCAUGUCGUUGAUUGGAGGAAGGAAUACAAAAAGUAUAUACAGCGGUUAAAAGAGAAUGAUGGAAAGAUCAUUUUUCAAGUUGAAGAUUUUUAG